AUGGCUGAUGCCGAGGAUCGUAAGCCGACUGAUCAGGUCGAAGAUGGUCAGACUGAGCAGAUGCAACUCAAUGAAGGAGAUAUUGAGACGAAUUGGGAUGAGGUUAUUGAGACGUUUGACGGGAUGGACCUGCGUGAGGACCUGCUGCGUGGUAUCUAUGCUUACGGUUUUGAGAAGCCGUCUGCUAUUCAGCAACGCGCGGUAAAGCCUAUUCUUUUGGGCCACGACUGCAUUGCUCAAGCUCAAUCCGGUACCGGUAAGACCGCCACGUUCGCCGUGUCUAUUCUGCAGAAGAUUGAUAUUGGUCUUAAGGAGACCCAGGCUCUGAUUCUCGCUCCUACACGUGAGCUUGCGCAGCAAAUUGUCAAAGUCGUUGUUGCCAUUGGUGACUAUAUGAGCGUUCAGGUGCAUGCUUGUGUCGGUGGUACUGCAGUGCGUGAUGACAUUCGCACGUUGCAGCAGGGCGUGCACAUCGUGGUAGGCACUCCUGGUCGUGUAGGUGACAUGAUCAAUCGUCGUGCUUUGCGUACAGACGAGGUCAAAAUGUUUGUGCUUGAUGAAGCCGAUGAAAUGCUGUCUCGUGGAUUCAAGGAUCAGAUUUAUGAAGUUUUCAGAUUUCUCCCUGAAAAAGUUCAAGUGGCUCUGUUCUCGGCCACGAUGCCUUUGGAUGUGCUUGAAGUUACUCACCGCUUCAUGCGCGAGCCUAUUCGUAUUCUCGUAAAGCGUGACGAAUUGACACUUGAAGGUAUUAAGCAAUUCUUCAUUGCCAUUGACCGCGAAGAGUGGAAGUUUGACACGCUCUGCGAUCUCUACGAAACGUUGACGAUCACACAGGCCAUCAUUUACUGCAACACGCGCCGAAAAGUCGAUUGGUUGACUGAAAAAAUGCAGUCGAAGGACUUUACGGUGUCAGCCAUGCACGGUGACAUGGAGCAGCGUGAGCGUGACAUUAUUAUGCGUGAAUUUCGCUCAGGCUCCUCACGUGUGUUGAUCACCACUGACCUGUUAGCCCGUGGUAUUGAUGUGCAGCAAGUGUCGCUUGUUAUCAACUAUGACCUUCCUACGAACCGUGAAAAUUAUAUUCAUCGCAUCGGUCGUUCGGGUCGUUUCGGUCGUAAGGGUGUGGCCAUUAACUUCUUAACGCAUAAUGACGUGCGAUACUUGCGCGACAUUGAGCAGUUUUACAACACGCAGAUCGAUGAGAUGCCCAUGAACGUCGCGGACCUUAUUUAA